AUGGCAGUCAACGGUAUCCCUGAGGAUAGUGUCUACUUUCCAGACAAAGAGUACAGUAAAACCUCUCACAUCGGAUCCCUCAAUGAGUACCGAAAACUAUACCAAAAGUCAGUGGAAGAUCCCGAAGGCUUUUGGAUGGAAAUCGCCGGCGAAUUCUUCUGGAAGCGAUGGCCCGAAGAAGUACAGGUCGUGUCUUAUAAUUUUGAUAUCACUAAAGGACCGGUUCGGGUGAAAUGGUUGGACGGCUGCCAAACCAAUAUGUGCUACAAUGUGUUGGAUCGGCUCAUUGGCAAAGGUCUGGGCAAUCGGGUUGCCUAUUAUUGGGACUCUAAUGACGACAGCAUUCACAAAACAGUCACUUAUAAUGAGUUACUUCGAGACGUGUGCCGAUUGGCCAACGCCUUCAAGGGGUUGGGUAUCAAACGGGGAGAUAGAGUGGCCAUCUAUAUGUCGGUUACCCUAGAGUUGGUCACCGCUAUGUUGGCCUGCGCUCGGAUCGGCGCCAUUCACACAGUGGUCUUUGCCGGCUUCUCUGCCGAAGCGCUGGCCGACCGUAUUAUUGGCGCCAAUUGUAAGCUAUUAGUGACAGCCGACGGCGCCCUCCGGGCCGACAAGUUUAUACCACUGAAAACAAUAGCCGACUCCGCGCUUGUGAUAUGCAAACAACAGGAUCACAAAGUGGUCGCUUGUAUUGUGAGUCCACACCUUAAACUUCAUAGGAUUAACAUUGAUGUCAAUAAUAAUGAAGAUGAGGUCAAGUUAGUGAUCAAUUGGGACCCCAAUGUGGACAUCCUAUGGACGGAUGCCGUGGAAAAUAUGCCCGACUAUUGCGAACCCGAAUGGAUGAAUGCAGAGGACCUGCUGUUUGUACUGUUUACCAGCGGAAGUACAGGCAAACCAAAAGGCAUUGUCCACACAAUCGGCGGUUAUCUCCUCUACUCUUACAUUACAUUCAAACACGUAUUCAAUUACACCGACGGAGACGUGUUUUUCUCGACGGCCGACUUGGGAUGGAUGGCCGCCCACACGUUCAACGUAUACGGCCCGCUGGCCAACGGGGCCAGUGUUGUCCUGUUUGACGGCACACCCUUCUACCCGUUGGCCGGCCGCCUGUGGGCCACAAUUGAUCGGUUGGGCGUCAAUAUAUUCAAUACGGCGCCGACUACUGUACGAUCGUUGAUGAGGUUUGGCGACCAACCCGUCAAACAGUACAGUCGACAGUCGCUGAAAGUGUUGGCCAUCGCCGGCGAGACUAUGAAUCCGGAGGCGUGGCUCUGGUUGAGGGAUGUGGUGGGCGAUGGCCGCUGUCCAGUGGUCGACAGCUAUUGGCAAACAGAGACUGGCGGACCAAUGAUCACGAGCCUUCCGGGUGCUACCCCUAUGAAACCGGGUUCAGUUUCCCUACCAUUCUUUGGUGUAGUGCCGGCGAUACUGGACUCGGAUGGCCGGGAACUGGAGGGCGAGGCCACCGGGCAGUUGGUGUUCAAGACCGCGUGGCCGGGCAUCGCCCGUACCAUCGAUGGCCAACACGACCGGUACGAGUCGACAUACUUUCACAAAUAUAGGGGCUAUUACUGGACGGGCGACGGCGCCCGACGCGACACCGACGGUCACUAUUGGUUGAAUGGCCGCAACGACGACAACCUGAAUGUGUCCGGCCAUCUGUUAUCCACCGUUGAAGUGGAGACAGCUGUUGGUGAGCACCGGGCGGUGGCCGAGGCCGCAGCCGUGUCCGCUCCGCACCCAAUCAAAGGCGACUGCAUUCACGUGUUUGUUGUGUUGAAUAAUGGCUUUCAAUUGACGCCCGAAUUGAUUAAGGAUAUCAAACGCAGAGCACGUGAUAAAAUCGGGGCCCACGCCGAACCGGACGCCAUCCGAGCGGUGGCCGAACUGCCGAAGACUAAAUCGGGUAAAAUUAUGCGCCGAAUAUUGAAAAAAGUGACCCAAAAUGACCACCAAUUGGGCGACACGUCCACAAUGGCCGACGAGUCCGUAAUCCAGGAGUUGUUCGCCAGACUCAACACUGGAAGUGAUAUUAAAUGA